GGAUCAAUAACAUGAAGUGUGCAGCCUAAAGGGAAACAAGAAACAAAUUACAAGUCUUUCUCCCUCAGAGACUCAUUAAGUAUAACAAAUAACUUCUGUACAAGAAGCAAUACUAUAAGAACAGACUUUACCUUUUCAUAUCAGAAAGAAAGUUGAACUUCUCUGCCACAGUAAUUACCACGUUUGGUAAAUACCGUGCCACAUGUAACAUUAUUAUUUCCCCUCAUGUAUUUAACACACAUCAUUUUCAUUAAGGCUUUCUCACUGUUUGGAAAUUGCUUAAAAAGAAGAAAGUCAUCACAGUUUAGACUGUGUUACUCUCCAAGAAGACAUAGAAGCUCCCAUGUGUGUUUAUUCUAAGGCUCCCAGUUUGAUCAUUUCCAUGACAACAAAAGCCAAAAUUUGAAAAAAAAAAAAAAAGCACACCUCAACAGAUAGAGUAGUCCUUUCUCUUCUAGCAAAAAACACAAUUUAUGUGCUGUGUGAAGCUGUGCACAAGAUUGGAGAGUGCAAAUCUGACAAUAUAUGUGACCUCCCUUCUCCAGUGGAAGAAAUGAAAAUAAACAGACGUUACUGUGCAGGAAGUGGUCACAGGGUGGUUUAGAUGACUAUAGACAACCAGCAGAUAAAAAGGCGGACAUAUUUCUAAAGACCUUGUUAGUGCUUGUGCAGGUCUGGCCACGCUGAGACACAUGAGACAGACACAUGAGGUGAUGCGUGCGACAAAGCAUGGACACAUAUGGAUUCUGCUCGUGGUCAAACAUAAAUGGGGACCCAUGCAAACAAAUGGCUUUGCGUUUCCAUCGCUUUGUUUGCUUGGUGUGAGCCACUUCCUGUGUGCUAACAAAACAGCAUUCAUGUUUGUUUCCAGUCAUGUCGGGCAGUUGUGUCGUCGAACUGCUACUUAUUUGACGGAGGAGGGCCCAAAGAGGAGGAGGAGGAGGAGGAAUAAGGGUGUGCUCUCCCCACUGCAAAUGUGUUCAGGUGCAACUCACCCACAGAGGAGAAAAGUCGCUCCAAUGGAUUACAUCUAAUCAAAUGAAGAUUUCACAAAGACGGACCAUAUUGAGGCAAUGAUUCAGAAUCUAAAAAGUGUCAUCCAAAGCCCUUCUGAUGACUUGUCUUUUCUCCCCAAGUGUCCCUUUCUCCCCUUUCUCACUCUCACCCUUCUUCAUCCCGCCCUCCUUCGUUGUUCUUAGGUCAGGGCUCCCAAUCACUCUACCUGAGAACUAAAAGCGUCAGUGUGACACCUCCCUCUUCACUCGUUGUGCUCCCUCUGCUUAUUCUCUCCUGUCCUGCUUUGCCAUGUCUGUAUCCAUGAGGAACCAAACCCAACGGCGGCGCUCCUUGGGUCCCGUCUCACCCAAGCGAAUCUAUAGAAAUCUGUCCUGCAGGCUAAGGGGAGGAGAGUCAUCUGCCGGCAGGGGAGCAGGUGCACCCAAACACCUUGGCAAGUCUGCAGAUGCUUACAAGACCUUGUGGGAUGCGGUGGAGAAUGAAGACACGUUGGCUGUACAAAGUCUGCUGUCUCGAGACCACAACAACUGCGGAGGAGGAGGAGGAGGCGGCAGCUUGUGGGAGAGAGGCGAAAAGAAGGACAGAGACUGGGAGAAAGAAAGGGAGAGGGGGGUUAACAGGGUGAGCGAACAGGGUCUUGUCCCACUGGAUGUGGCCGCACUCACCCACAAUUCCCCUCUGCUCCACGUGUUGGCAAAGGCUGGAGCCAGACAUAACCCCGUUUUGUGCAGACCAGCAGACUGGGCGGUGAAGCUCGAUGAUCUGGUGGCGCUGGCGAAGAAAAGGGUGGAGGAGAGGAAGCAGGAGUUACUGAGGAAGGCAGGGGCUGGGUCCCACGCACAGGCUGACGUUCAUAGACAGAUCCGGCUAUGGAGUCUCAGGCUGCAACUGUACUGUCGGAUGAAGGAGAACUUCCACAAAACAGAACUGCCAGGCUCUCCCUGCCAUGUAUCGAUACUGGUGACCAGCACGUCGUCUCUCUUUGUGGCAGUCAAAGAGCCAGAAAGUAACUGCACGGGGCUCAUCACCUGCUACAAAGUGGAAUGGAGCACCUCAGCAAGCUUCAAGCGCAUCCUUGGCUCAGCUCACGUGACAGAGACCAAGAAUCCCUCCUAUACUAUCAAGGGACUCACAGCUGGAGAGCAUUACUAUGUCAGGGUGAGUGCCUACAACGUGAAAGGAUGGGGCCCGCCGCAAUGCUCUACUCCUGCCAGCGCUGCCCCCUCCAGCUGGAGGGAAUGCAGUGGUGUGAAGUCACAAUGCAGAAAUCAUGAGGGUUUAGUAAGGAAGCUCCUGGAAGAUGCCGGAGAGCCACAUAGCGGAGGAUACUGCCGAGAGAGCCCUAAAGCCCAGAGUCCCAGCAAGCGGCUGUCUAUGUCUCGGGGCAUCAAACAGCUGUUCCAGUCUGCUACUAAGUUUGUUCGUCUCCUACAGAGGGGCGUGUACUUGGCAGCUGUGUUCUACCACAAGGAAAACAUCCUGGUGACAGCUGAAGAUCAAAUCCCACUGGUGGAGAUCCAGUGCUGCUCGACCUCUCUCAUCCACAACUUUGUUUGGCUUGCAAAGUUGUCCUGUGCGUGGCAGCAAGUUCCCUGGCUCCAGCAAGCACUCUCCUCUGCUCAUUCAUCUCCCUCAUCACUCCUCCAGAACAGGCACAAUAUUUUAAGAGCUGUCUCCCAGCUGCAGUCAUCGCUGGGGACAAUGGACCUCGGCCAGGUGUACUAUGAGCCGCUCAAAGACCGACAGGGCAACAUUUUACUUGUGACGUUGAAGGAGUUCCCAGACCUUCCCAACCACCCGGAACCUCCACUACAGUGGAUGCCGCUGGCCCGCCUGGAAAAGAACCGCAGCAAAACUCCUCUUUUGCCUGAACCCACCGCCAUGGACGUGCUCUAUGAACAGCUCAGGGAGAAGCUGGCGUACCACAGACACAGCAAUCAGUGGGCCCGGCCGGGUCUGUACGUGGGCAUCCUGAAAUUAUGGAGCUCAUUGGAACAGAUCAGAGUUCUGGUGCCUCAAAGGCUGCCCAAUCUACUAUGCCACACACGAGUCAGACAUAAUGCCCACGUCAGCAGAGAAGAGUGGGCAUGGCUCCAGAGUAAUGUCUAUGCCACAUCCGGAGACACUAUUCAGAACCUACUGAGCAGCAAGGAUGACAACUUGAUGGAACAUAGCAGCUUGGUGGAGUUUAUCAGGUCCCUCAGAGCAGCAGUCUCGCAUCUACUGACAAAGCUCAACAUCCCCCUCUACCGGGCCUAUCAGUACGGGGUAUACACCAGGGAGCUUCUGCAGUUAGGAGAGAAAGUGUCCAUGCUGCUGCUGCUUCCUCCCAGUGAAGACUUUAGCUCCAGCUACUGGCCUCUGGUAGGAACCAAGGAGCCCGGCCUCACGAUGCCCCUGCAGAUCUUCGAGCUGGUUCACCUCUGGACGUAUGAGCGGGACUUCCUGUCCCAGUACUGCCAGGCGUGGGUGAGGCUGGAGCUGGAUACUCACCUGGCCCAGCAGGCUCUGCGGGAGGCGCUGGACACGAAGGAAGUGCAAGUGGCCCGCGGGCGUCUGAACCACGUCACUGACCUUUCCCAUCGCCUGGAUGUGGUGUGGAGGGAUGCCCGCUGGAUUAUGGACUGUCUACAGUGCGUUAGGUCCAGGCAGUGGGUGGGGGCAGUGCCUCUUGGCCUGGUGAUGGGUGGAGAUCCACCGCCCCGUCCCGAGGGGGAGGAAGAGGAAGAAAGUUUGACAGCCAGACUGACAUGGCCCCAUCGACUGCAGUCAUUGAGGACCACCACAGACAGUUCAGUUGGACUGCCUCCAGCAAAUGUCGUCACGGCCGAGGUGUCCUCUCCAGCAGGAAACCCGGUUGUUGCCGAAGAAGCCACACUGGUAUUAAUGGAAGGCGUUGCAAAGGGAGGGUACCCUGUAGACAUCAGCACCCAAUCAACGAUGGAUUUGACAAGCAUUGUCCAAUCAGAAUUAGGAUGUGCAAGCACUUUAAUAGAAUCUGGACUCGAGCCUGCUGCUGUCGCACAGUUGGAAGUGGGCUUUCCAGCUUUGGACGCACCAGAGUCCUAUAGUGGGACACAGGACUUUCCCUCAAGCAUCACUGAGGUCAUCCGGCCAAUGGAGAUGGCAGAGUUGGUGCAUAUUUUGCCCACACUCAGUCUUAUUGAAGAGGAGACCCCCAGUGAUCCUUCCGCACCGUCGGUGAUGGACAUGCUCCAAAGCUUUGGACUGGGUAUUGGUGAAAAGGACAGCUUCUUUGACUCGGAGCAUUCACACUUGAUGCAUGGAACUGUCAGCAUGACCCAGCCCAACUACAACGUCAAAGACACUGACCUUGGAGCUCCAUUAAAACAAGACAUGUCUGCCUCACACUCCAUAGUAUGCAACACACAACAUGCUCCAAAGGAUGCUUCUCCGCAGGUUCCCAACAGAGAACUGCAGUUUCCAGUGAGGAACCAGGCGGAGUGGGACAGACCAUUUAACAGCUCAUCCUGAUAAAGUAUCGACAAAAGCUUAACUUCUUGGUUCAGCUGCAGGACAGCGAAGAGAGAUUCUCGUUUAUGUGCAAGUCAAGCUAGUAACUACUUGAAUGUAGAAAUGGUUAAAAUGGGUUUGUAGUCAAUAAAACUUGUGCUACGAUGCAUAUAUUGUACGCAAUGGACGAGUAGUGUUUGUUUAUUAUUACGGUUGGCAAGUGGUUGAACCCCAAAAGGCAGAGGCAGAUGUGGAAGUCUCAGGAAGAAACAAGUGUUCAAUAAAAGUAAGAAUAUCCAAUAACAAAAAACAUUCAUGUAAGAGUAAAAAAACAAACAAAAAAAAAAACAGAAAAAGCAUGAAAAAAGUAAAAGUGCAAACAAGGGAGGAAGCGAAGCCAGAAAAAAAAAAAAAAAAAAAACAGGACUGCGCAAGUAGUAGUCAUCCUUCGCGACAUUGCGGUUCAAACAUCGCUCCCUCACUGCUGGGGUUUUUCACACAAUAACUAAUAAACAAAUUGCUGUUUAAUGUUUGACUACAGCCUAUUAGUCAGAAAAUAUACAUAUUUAGGCAAACUGUACAUAUUUUUUGCCCAAAUUAAGCAUUUAAGCAUAAAAACGGCUAACUGAACUACAGUCUAAAUACAGUAUUGGCCAUUAAGACAAGCAUAUUGUGAAUGUAGUAUUCUACAUUGGUCACUAGGUGUCAGUAAUUGUUCAGUGAGACCACCACUGAAGCACCAGACUUGAACAACCUGCUUUUAGUGUAGGUAUAAAUUAUCUUACAAAAGGCAUAAUAAUAAUAAUAACAUAACAGAUGACUGUUGCGCCCAUAGCCCACAACAAGCUAAAAGUCAAAUAUGAACCCCGACGUCACUUCCUGUCCGCCAUCGAUUCUGCUCCAUUACAAGGAAAGGGUCUUAAAUGGCUUAUUUUCUCUGACUAUACUGCUAUAUUGGGUAAUACUAAUGUAAAGGUCACUAUAGGGCUGUUAUUUCAUGUCUAGAUGGCUCUAAUUACAAGAUCCUAACAGACUUUCUAUGCCACAACAACGAAAUUCAUUUAUCACGGUCUGGAAACAACAAACCGCGAUAAAAAGCUAAUAAAUGCACAAGUGAAAAAGGCUUACCGGAGACAAACGGCAACAAGCUAGCAACACGGAGCUAAAGGUUGCAAAUACGAACUCCAAGACGAAAAAACAGUACAACACAUCAGGGAACACUACAAUUACACGGACGCCAUCCUUCUGAAUGCUAAAAAUUAAAUGGCAUGCUAAUGGCUGAGUAGAAGCAGCUGGCGCAGGUGGCUCCGCCUCCACCGGACAACAGGAACAGAAACGGAAACAGAAAAUCAGAACACCAGAAUAAAACAAAAUCCAAGACCAACAAUUAUACA